CCCAGGACUCCUGUUUCUUUUGUGCUUGGUACCAAAUAUUGUUUGCAUUUGCCCUUUGAAGUGCUCUUGCAUGGUAAAGAACAGACACGUAGACUGUUCCGAAAGAAACCUUACAGCACUGCCACAUGGGCUGCAAGACAAUGUUACACACCUGAAUCUGUCUCACAACCUUUUGGAUAACUUGGAUCAUCAAUUGACUCGGUUCUCCAAUCUGAGAUUACUUGACCUAUCCCACAAUUUGCUCAGGACCUUUCCUGCUCAUUUGCCAAGAUCUCUAUGGGAAGUUUAUGCUGCCAGCAACAAAAUUAAAGUGCUGCACAAGCUUGACACUGCUUACCAAUGGAAUCUUAAAAUACUGGAUAUCUCUAGGAAUGAGAUACGGAGGAUAGUAUUAAUCAAUAAUACACUGACCAACUUGCAAUUUUUAAACCUAAGCAGCAAUCUGUUAUGGACUGUUCCAACAAACAUGCCAUAUAACAUGCACACUGUUGACUUGUCAAAUAAUUCCUUGACACAAAUUUUACCAGGAACACUGGCACGAAUGCCCAAACUUCAAAAACUGCUCCUGCACAACAACAGAUUUACCAAUAUACCAAACAAUGCCUUUGAUCAACUUACACAUUUAAAGAAGAUUACACUCUUUAACAAUCCAUGGUCCUGCAAAGAAAUGCAAAAUAUGAUUUAUUUGCUAAAAUGGGUUAAGGAGACAGCAAUCCAUGUCAUAGGACACCCUUGUGCCAAUGAAACAACCCACCAUGAUGCUGUACAUCUGCCUUCUAUAACUGCAAAAUUUGAUGCUGUGUCAGAUUAUACCCCAGCAUUUACAACAACUAGUUUGCUUUAUCUGGAAGCUCAAGAAACCAAACUGUAUACACAAGUGCCAUUUUCAGAACCGGGACUAGCAGUUUCUUUGACUACAACUAAUGAUUUUCUUACAAGCACUGAUCAUUCCUUAUAUACUGAAGAAGGUGGUUCAGCAUAUGAAAACCUUAACUUAGAUUUCAACACAUUUAUCCCAAAGGAUGUACCUCUUACAAACUCAUAUGAAAUAGAAGAUUCUGGUUCUUAUGAUUUCACAGUGACCUUGAGCAACAGUAAACCAAAGCCAGUCAAUGCAUCAGAGCUGACUCUUUCAAGCACAACAAUCUCUGAGGGGAUACAUGUUACCACUAUCAAAGUGGCUAAGAUACCUUCUGCUGCCCAUAAAGAUAAAGGUCUUGUUACUGAAUGUCUCGUCAUUCUGCUCAUUCUUAAUAUGGUCUUAGAGGCAUGAUGUAAUCUGAAUAAAACUAAAAUCUCUAAAAUUAACAACUACAAAUGCUUAAAUGAGAGUGAAUAAUGAUUAGAAAAACUGCCUUGUUUGCUUUGAUAUAUAAUGAAUGGGAAUUGUGUACUGCAUUUGCACAAAAGCAGUGAUUUUUAUCUGUAAAGUGUAUUCAUAUAAAAAUAAACCUGUAAGCUGUUAAAGGCAA